AUGAGUGUGUACGAAGCUCCAGCUCCGUUGGUCAUCCUUGUUCAAAGCGACGUCAAGGGCGGGUGGGCGUAUGGGAGGAUCGUUGCAUCGGAGUACGAGACUUCCUUCGUCCGUGCACAGGGCUUUUUCCCUCUUGCUCAUUGCAAAGCAUUGGAACCCAUUAAGGUCAGGAAGCCAACCAGUCAAGACCCAAGACAGGCAGGAGUCGGUCUUGCUGUGGCCUUUUCCCAUGGAAUCUACGGGAGGCUUCUGAUAUUCAGCGUGAAGAAAGGUUCAGCAGCAGACAGAUCUUGUGUUAUGAAGGUUGGAGAUGAGAUCUUGGCUAUUGAUGGCCGUCCAGUACAGCGUCUAGAUUACAGGGAGAUCGCAAACAUGAUCCUUGGAGUGGAAGGUUCCAUUCUAAGGAUCAAUGUCGUUGAUUCCAUCCUCAAGAUGGAAAGAACACAAACUUCGCAUGCAACCAACCAAUGUUUUCACAGAGAAAUUGACCUCAUCCGAGAGCCUCGUGGCGAGCAAGUUCUCUCUCCUCAACAGUUCAGCAGGAUGAGGGAGCUCGUUGUUGACCAGCGGCAGGUUGUCAACCAGAGGCCUCAGGAGGGAGUCGUACAACAGUCAGCCCUGCAAGACGUCAGGACAAACCUGAAGCAGAAUAAUUUGCAACAUGUCAAGGCAAGCUUGCCAGCUCCGAAAGAAAAUCUGCAGGCAGUGCAGGUGGCAAAAGCUGAGGGUGAGCAGGAGUUCAUCUUUGCUGAUUUUGACGCUGCGGUUCAAGACAUCCUGAACGGGAGGUUUCAGCAAGCAAGGGACAGGAUCGCACAGCUGCAGAAGCAAUCCAGCGCCCUUGGACUCUCCCAGUCGUCUAUCGAGAAGCUUUCCUUCAGCGCAGCCAUUCACAAGGCCAUUCAAAUGGAGAAGAUUUACUCCUUGCAGAGCGUGGAACUUGAGACCCUUGCCCACCCUGCCCCGGGACCGGAGGCGGAGGACCUCGUCCAGAAAGUUGAGAUGGCAGAGAAGGAAAGUCGAAGGUUGGAGAUGGACUACCUCAACGCUGUAGAGGAGCUCACACUCGCAGAGAGAGCAAUUCUGCAAUCUCAGCAGGAGAUUGAAAAGUUCCGAUCGUCUCAGGUUGAUGCGAACGGGCAAGGCACGCAAGUCGUGGAGGAGGAAGCUCCUACAGCACUUGAAAAUGUGCAGAACAAUGCGGAGGAGCAGGAAGAGAAUGUGGAGGAGCAGGAGAAGAAUCAGGUGCAGCAGGAGCGAGUGGCGGAGGUUAAGGUGAGCGCGACCACGGUCAAGGAUAUCAGUGAUGAAGGCGCGAGCAUGGUGAAGGAUUGGUGCAACACGAUCUUCGACGAGCAGGAGAGGAGGAUGAACGUGCAACUCAACAUGGAUCUAGAGCAGCAGGACAAGGAGGUCAAAACCCCCAGGCUGGCUCGGGUCGUAACUUCGUUCACCUCCUCCGGCCCCAACCAGAUCAAUCUCAACGUCGGCGAUCUCGUUGAGCUGAACUUCUCGAACCAUGCCUGGGCCGUCGGCCGUGUGGUCUCCUCCUCCUCCAACCCAUCUGCCUCGAGCAGGUUUGGCUGGUUCCCGUCCCAGUGUCUUGAGAAGACCGAGGGAGGAGGAAGGAGAGGAGAGGAGAGGAUGGGUCGUUCAGAGAGGGACUCAGUACUUGAAGCUCGAUCUCCUCCUCAUCGUGCUCACACAGACUUGGACUUCAUAGCGCAGGAGGCUGACACAGAAGCAGCAGAGCAGCGGCAAGUCCCCAGGAAGACGCCAGACGCGAGCACAGGGAAGCAGGAGCCCCUUUAUGAGGCACCGCAAAGAGUCGAGGGAGGAGCAGGAGCAGGAGCAGGAGCAGGAGUGGAGGACCCCGAGGCAGGAGUGAAGGUGAGGCCUGUAGGGAAGAGGAAGACCUCUGCGACUCCAGCGGCGGAGCAGAAUGUCUGGCUCAGUGCUGUUGACCUCGCCAAGUUUCAAGGGAAGACAGGAGGAACCCCAUUGAAGCAGGACCUGGACAGCUCCGACGCCUCCUCCUCCGAAUUCACGCAAGCGCAGUGGGCGCGUCAGCAGCUCCUUGCCAAGGCGCAGAUGGAGCGGGAGAAGUACACAGCCUUCGAUUCAGGAGCCGUCUCGAAGCAGGCGCAGUGGGCAAGGGAGCAGAUUCUAACGCAGAUGAAGGACGGGCAGGAGAAGGGAGCAGCAAAGAGCUCCUCUCCCCGUGCAGAGGACAGGCAAAUGAAGUUCGAUCCCUCCUCCGUCUCCCAACAGGCCAAGUGGGCGAAGGAGCAGCUGAACUUGCCUGAGUACAACGGGAAGUAUGGGAAGGGCAGCAGGAAGGAGGGCGAGAACGGCAGCGUCGAGGUUCUGCCAUCCUCCUCGCAGCUUCCUUCUUCUCCAGGGGAUGAUGAGGACAGGGAGGAACGACGCCGUCGUGCAGGUCUGGCACGCAGUUUCCUCACAAUCCAUGAUGUGUUGUUCGUAGCGAUCAAGAGGGCGUUGUUCCUGCAGGGAUCCAAGGAGGCGGAGCAAGGGGGCAGUGGAGGAGGAAGCAAGCAGGAGUCAAACGCAGCAGGCGAUAUGGGCAAGAUUUCUCAAUACGCUGUUGAGAAGGAUGGGGAGCAGAAAGGACAAGCAGGCUCAGCAGAUCUCCCAAACUAUCUCAUCCUCAACAACUUCGAACCACAUAUGUCGCCUUCAGUCAACAUCUACGCACCUUACCUCAUUGGACAUCAGGCAAACUACUCUUACAACCAACAGCCCGUCCAACACCAACAGCUGCUCAGCCCUCGAGUGGUCGUCAGUCCUUCACAGCUCGCUCCCGGAGUCUUCCGAACUUCCUCCUCCUCCUCCCCUCGAAUCUCCGGUAUCGUACCCGGCCAAGAACAGCAGCAGCUGCCGCUGGCGUAUCAUACCUUCUCAGGCAUCACACACACGUCUCAACUCAACACUUCUGAGCAAAGGAGCGCGGUACCGCAGAUCCCUCCACAGUAUCUGCGCUUCUGA